AUGUUGACGUUCUAUCUAGCAGCUAGCAUUAUUGUGACCGUCUUGUUCAUGCGGCGACUUUGCUCACCUAUCGCAAAGCUCCCAGGACCAUGGUAUGCCACGUUCACCAGCUGGGUACUCAAAUACCAUGAAUUCACCUCAAACAGACGGCUUUUUAUCCACGAUCUGCACAAAAAAUAUGGUUCUACUGUUCGAAUAGCACCAAAUGAAAUUUCGUUUGCGAGUUUGGAGGCGAUCAAAGAGAUUUAUGGGUCCGGUGGGAGCGGUUACGACAAGACGGAGUUGUAUGAUUUGUUCCGUCAAUUCGGGAUCAAGACGAUGUUUUCGACUCUUGACAAGCACAGUCACAGCCAGCGCAAACGCGAAUUGGCGGAUCGUUACGCCAUGAGCAAUAUCCUGCGCGAGGAGCAUGUUUCCGCCAUCGUGGACCGUGCGAGGGCGGUCGUAUCCAGAUGUGCUGCGUCUGCAGAGAGCGUGGAUGUCUAUGUAUGGCUCCAUUGCUACGCACUCGACGGGGUCACGAACUUCAUGUUCAGUCCUGGGGGCCUGCACUCGCUCGACUCAGAGCAUGACUUCAAAAUUAUGGAGGAGCUCACUUAUCAUCAGAGUUUGCAGAAGAACCUCUUGCAUUACUACCUACCCACUGUGGCCGCAUAUUUUCCACCCUGCCUGACCCCGCGCCGCUCACCCAAGACGAAUGAGUACGUGUUGAAAAUGUGCGCUCAGCAGCUACCCAGCCAGCACUCCCUAGUCGCCAAACUAGCUCGCAAAGACUCCCCCCUCAAUCAUACACAAGUCGCGGCAGAAUGCAAAGAUCAUAUGGCGGCUGGUAUCGACACAACGGGAGAUGGGCUAUGUUUUCUGAUGUGGAAGUUGUCCCAGCCGCAUAACAUCCGCUUUCAGGAGCGACUAUGGGAGGAAUUGAGAACUGCCCGCCCAGAUAUCCCGUUAGAUAAGUUACCGUACUUAGAUGCGGUCGUUAAAGAGGGUUUGCGGUGUGCGCCGCCUAUCCCCAUGUCGUUUCCGCGUUACGUACCGACCGGAGGACGGUCAAUCGACGGGCACUUUGUCCCGGAGAAGACAAUCGUCAGUUGUCAGCCGUACACGGUACACAGACUGGACGAGAAUGUCUUCCCGGAGCCCGACAGUUUUAAUCCGGAUAGAUGGAUGGUCGAGAAGGGAGCGGUUGAGCGUAACCGGCUGUUCUUUGCCUUUUCGACCGGUGGCAGGGGUUGUACGGGGCGGAAUCUGGCGCUGGUGGAGAUGAAGAUCCUCCUGCGCGAGGUGUACUCGCGCUUUCGGACGACGGUGGCAAAGGAUAUGCAUGGGUGCAUGGAUAUUGAUGACCAAAUCAUCUCUUCGAGGCCAUUGGGGCAGACUUGCAAGUUGAGGUUCAGUGAGACAUGA